GACCUCAUCAGGAGGCGGGGCUUAGCGUCCGAAUUUUCGCCUACUGCUGUUGCCCGAAACAUGGAGACUCCUGGCCGUGUCACUCCGGAGGCACCUUUUGAACCGUCGCAGCCCCCAGUCAUUGAAGGCUUUAGCCCCAGUGUAUACAGCACUUCGGAAAGCUUCAAGGAAAAGUUUAUUCGCAAGACCCGCGAGAACCCACUGGUACCCAUAGGCUGCCUGGGCACUGCGGCCGCCCUUACCUAUGGCCUCUACUGCUUCCACCGUGGACAGAGCCAGCGCUCCCAGCUCAUGAUGCGUACCCGGAUCGCCGCCCAGGGCUUCACGAUCGUAGCCAUCUUGGUGGGUCUGGCUGCGUCCACUCUGAAAUCUCGACCUUGAGCCGGCGGCCUCGCCUUGAAAGCUUCACGGAGACGGUGUAUACAGCAUUUCGGAACCACCAGUCCUACCACUGAAAUAUCUCCCUCAUCUCCCCUAACAAGCCCUGUAUCAGUGCGGGUGGAAGUGGCCAAUUGUGUAAACGACAGAUUUUUUUUCCCGGAAUCUCGGGUUCCGUUCAGUUUGCGUGUUGCCUACUCCUGUUUGUGCUGCACCUUCGCCACUUCCUACCUAAUAAAUUCUCAUUCACUUGUA